AGCUGCAAAAUCACAAAAAACAGAAAUCGGACACGGACAGCCGGACAGUCGUGUUUUGUUGAGGUUAAGUAAUUGUGAUUUUAGUUUCAACUUUCAAGUACAAACUAUUAAAUAAUAUUUGUCACCGUAUUCAUUUAAGUAAAAUCACUGAUGAUCUAGAAGUGUCAAUCAAUGAAUCUACAAGUCUUGUCAAGUUUUGUAUUGAAAAUCUAAAAACCGGUAAAUUUGUAAAUAUUUUACAAUUUAAAAUGAAUGCAAUCCUAAGAAAUACAUUUUAUAAAUGCUCAAUAAUUGCUAAAAACUUGAAAUUCACUCCUCUGUCCCGAUUCUACGGAUCAAAUCCGACUAAUACCGGUAUUUUAAAUGUAGAUACCAAAGUUAACAAAGAUGUUGUGUUAUAUAAAUUUGAAAAGGUCCGUCAGGUUAGGAUGUUGUCUGCAUUUGGCCUUGGUCAGGCCAUGUUUUGGAACUAUUGGGCACAUUUCUUAUAUACUGCAAUUAAGGAUACCCCAGUUGAUGAAAGUAAACUGGACGAAAACUCAAAGUGGUAUGACAAGAUCAAUCUUGGACAAAAUAAGUAUAAAAUAGCUUUCUCUGCUGCGUGUUUGUUUGUUGGUAACGGAAUGUUUUUGGCCGCUGUACUCUACGCGAGGCGUUGCGUUAACAAGAUAGUUCUAAAGCGGGGCGGCCAUUCGAUUCUGUUGAGUGUAUACACGCCUUGGGGUGGCACCAGUACAUUCAGCACACCCCUUUCGAACGUCAGCUGUGUCUACGCGAGAGACUUGAGCAAAUGGUCGACUCCGAUCAAGGUCAAAGGACAUUCUUUCUAUUACACUCUGGAUAACGUCGGUGGUAAAUUUAAUAAUGUUAUGUUGUUCGAUGCCACUGUCGGCUUGAAAAGGAGUUUAAAGUAGUGUAAAUAAACAUUUAGUUUAGUCUU